AUGAGCGACGAGGAAGAUAAUGUCAUCAAAACUCAGCCGACUAGUCCUUUUGCAUCCGAACCAGUUGACAAAGCGGUCUAUGAGAGGAUGCUGCACACAUUCCAAUCAAUGGGACUAAAUCCAAAGGGAAAUAACCCAGCAGAACUUGGACAAUGGAUGAAAGACUAUAUAGCCCAAACAAAAGAUAUUCCACCAGGUGCUAGUAAAGUGGAACAAACAGGGGUAAGACAAGAUGUAAAACCAAAGAUACCUCCACUCAGUUUACCAUCCGAGGGAUCCAGCAUAUCAAGGACACGAUCUGUGACAACUUUGUCUCCGUAUCCCCCGAAAAUAAGAACAUUCUCCGGUGGAGAUAACAAAGGAGAUACAACCUAUGACAUCUGGAGAUAUGAAGUGAAGAUGGUGUUAAAAGACUCAGGCUACACAAGAGAACAAAAAGAUUUCGCCAUCAGAAGGUCGCUUACAGGAUCAGCAGCCAGAGUAGUCAUGUACCAAGGCCCGGAUAAACCAUUAAGCGAUAUUUUAGAAACAUUAGAUAGCGUGUACGGCAGUGUAGAAAAUAAACAACAGUUAUUAUCAGAAUUUUACGGAGCAAGACAGAGAGGAGAUGAAGACAUCACAGCAUGGAGUGGGAGACUGGAGGAAAUCAUCGGAAAGGGAUUAGAGAAAGGAAUAGUUAGACAAAAUGAAGUGAAUUCCAUGUUACAUUCAAUGCUUUGGACUGGACUGAGACAGGAACUUAAAGAUAUAAGUGGAUAUAAAUACGACAAUAUACACGACUUUAACAAGUUAAGAAUAGCCCUGAGACAAAUCGAAAAAGAUCAUCAGCAAGAUCAACAGAAAACAUCCAAAUCAAAUACAGCUACCACAAAACGCUCCUCAGCAAUACAGAGGAAAUCAACAUUACAGAGGAACACAAUACAGAGGAACAUACAAUGGACAACAGCAGAGAAACUCAAACACGUAUCAAACAUCAGAUGA